GUGACAAUUGAGAAAUGCAGAAAUAGUACCUUUGUCCUUGGCCCUGUACAGACUGUUCUUCACCUCCAAAGCUGUGACAACAUUAAAGUCAUUGCCGUUUGUCAUUGUUUGGCCAUCUCUUCUACAACAGGCUGCAUCUUUCACAUUUUGACACCUACACGCCCACUUAUUCUCUCUAGGAACCACACAGUAACUUUUGCCCGUUUUCAUACCCAUUAUCCAAUGCUGGAGGACCAUAUGGCCAAAACUGGCCUUGCUACGGUGCCUAACUAUUGGGAUAAUCCAAUGAUUGUGUGCAGAGAGAGCAGAGACACAGGUGUCUUCCGACUCUUAACACCUUGUGAAUUCUAUGUAUUUAUUAUUCCCUUUGAAAUGGAAGGGGACACGACAGAGAUACCUGGGGGUCUUCCAUCUUCAUAUCAGAAAGCACUGGGUCAUAAAGAACAGAAAAUACACAUCUGGCAGAAAACUGUGAAGGAGGCUCGUUUG